AUAUGAUUUGAAAGUGAAGUUUAGGAAAAACACCGAUGUGAUCAAGUGAUGAUGAAACCAUCGAACAGAAACGCGAAGCUCAAAGAACUUCUCGGCAUUAUUUUACGACCGGAUUACAACGCAGCGUCGGAAUCGACCUUCGACGAUCUAAUUUCACACAUCGAGAAGAGCAUUUCAAACAGAUGUUGCAAAAGCUGCGACAUCGACAAAUCGAUUCUCCAAAAAUGGGUCCUGAGUGCACUGGCAGCUUGGACUUUGACGAAGAAGAAGCCGGACCAGUCAGUGAUAGUGUUCACCGUAAAAUUGGUGGAACUUCUCAGCCAGGACGAGUUCGACUUCCUCUUCUGGUACCGCGAGGAUGUGUUCAAAAAAAUGAGCGCAGCUUUUGGACUAAAGAAAGACGACGACAUUCAGACGUCUGUGAAAGUUGCCUACGUAGGAAUGUUCCUUCAAUUUGUUAAUCACAAGAGCGGACGACAUUGGAUCAUCGAGUCUGGUGCGUGGAAAGAAGUUGUCAAACUAACGGAUUCGAGUAAACAGCCACAGGCGGUGACAAGAGAGAGUAAAAAAAUCGUCUGCAAAUUACUACUGGCCGAAUCGUUAAACACAACAUUUUGCGAACAAGUCAUUUCAGCGAUCGCCAAGCCCCUGAUCAGCCGCAAUAUCGCUACUCCGGUUCAACCUGAUCUUGAAGAUCCCAGCAAACGGGAUGAAAAUGCCGAGUUUUUCAUCGCCUUGGAGGUGCUCACUGAGGUAAUGGAGAACACAGUGUUCGCCACCAUGGACAACACGAUACCGCUUCUUGUGGCGACGAUAACGACUCUAGACUUGCGGCUGCAAAUCUUGUUCGAAACAUGCACAAAGCAAAGUUUCUACUCUCACAUUAUGAACCUGAUGUAUCUGAUUGUGUUCACAAGACUGAAGGAUGGAAUGAGUGUACCGGACGGAACGGUCGAGAAAGAUGUUUGGAGGGUGUUCAGGGAUAGCUUAAGGUACAUCGAAUCGGUACUGAUAGUCAAGAAGCACAUCGAGAACAUCGUCAAGGGCGAAAAGAUAUUCUUAACCUACCUCAACAGGAUGAACAAGUUGUGCAAAAUCAAAGAACCCGGGGAUAUAAAGAUCGAGCAUCAUGCAGUUCUGAUGAUGAUAAUACCGAUGUCAUCGUGCGUCGCGAGAGGCGAGGUUGAUGUGGACAUACUUGAAACUUUGGCGUACAAAAUUAUGUCAAUGACCGACCCCGCUACUCAGAGAUUGGGCUACAUGGUGCGGAGUAUAGUUCUUAACGACGAUGCCUUACCAGCGGAAGAUAUUGCCAAAACAGCCGCCCGGGUGUCAACCGAUGUCCUCGACAUUGUUGACAGAGACAGUACGGUGGUCAUAUUUCAAGUGAUGUCGCACACGUUGAACAACUACGUCAACUUACGGAGCAGUAAAAAGUGUCCGAACGAACUGAGCUGCACCGGUUUUGCAGAUAUCAAGCAAGACGACAUUACAAACAUGAGAAUGAAUAACCAAAAAUGGCGCGUUCGCGGUGACCCGAUACUCAAAUUUCCACACCUCUUGUCUACAUUGAUGGACGGUAUCGCCACGAUUCUGACCAAGUAUCAACUCAAGUGGCAAGAUUGUUUGGAAACCAUAAGCAUUCUCAACCUGGCAGAGGACAUCAUCAAUCAUCCAAAAAUCACUUCGAAGAUAUGUGUCCAAGCACUGACGCUGUGCAAAUUGGCAGUAGAAAAUUUUAUGGCACCGAACUUGGCAUUGCUGGUGCAAUCCGACUGUCGCGAGGAUGAAAUGGGAUGCAUUUUGUACAAAAGAAUGCACGAUCCUAACUGGAAGGUCAGAGCUAGCACUUUGGACGUGAUUAGAACGAUUGCGACGAUAUCCGAACACAAAUAUCCAGCUUAUCAAGAUUUGUUAAUUGUGAAUGGAUUCCCAGAGCUAAUAAUCGACAUGGCCUCAAACGACGAGAAUCGUUACGUUCGAUCAUUGGCGCUUAUGUGCCUCAUGAUUUUUGUAAAAAUAAACAGAAUAUGGAACGAAAAAUUUCUCGAUCUUGAUUUACCGAAAUUGGCCAUUAACCUAAUGACUAACGAAAACGAAGCGAUGGUACGCAGGGAUGCGGUUAUGCUUGUCAAAGAGUUGUACGUUCAUAGAAAAUGGCCAAGAUCAACGAUUAAUGAAAUGACACAUGCCAUGUGCGUGGUGGUCAUUUCUGAUCCUGACUGGGAAGUCAAAGUGAACGCGAUUCUGUUCUGGCAACAAGUAAUAAAGUCACAUCUCUGCGACCAGGGUAUGCUAGACGGAACAUUUCCAACCCACACCUUUUCCAAGGAACAUAGAAAAAUAGUUUCCCUUGACGAACGGGAAAUAAGAAAACGGAUUCUGAAGGCUCUCGACAAAUUGGCCAGUGACAGUUGCCUCGGUGUACUACUUGCUACAUUAGAAGACGAAAGUGAUUUUCAAGUCCGCAAAGCAUCAGGUGAAAUAGUAAAGAGACUUAAAAAAGUUUUUGUAACUUACAAGAUAAGCCCAUCUUGUAGCAUGGAAACAGCUUAUCGUAAUGAAGACUGUAUUACUACUACCGACAAUUUAUCGCCGGACAACAAAAGUCCGGACCGUCGGAGUGCGGAUCUGCAAAGCGAAACUGGAGAGUCCGAAGAUCAUCAGGAAUCGCAGGCGAGACUUAGAAACUCGUCUACGGACGCUGAGGAAGCGAAUUUUCUCUCAUUGGUCAACGAAGGAAUGCAUCAGAUGAGCAUGAAUGCCAACAGAAAUUUAACCAAUGAGGAGAAGUUGGAACAUGCGUCUAAAGUCGGAAGAAAUGAAUUCAUACAAUCCGUUCUAACUUGUGACGUCGACAGUUACAUAAACGAAAAAAAUCGCUCCCUACGGAAGAUCUGCGUCAGUAAUUUCGAAUCUGUCGUUGAAGAGAUUAUCAGUGCUCACAAAGAAGGAAAUAGCACAACUGACAUGGAUUGUAGUAAUCAUUUGCAAAAAUUGCCGUUUAAACGUAUACAUCACACUCAGGCUAUCUUGCAACACAAAAUGUUCUCGAAAAAGUCUUCCGAUAGAUUAGACAAGCUCAAAGAAGUUCUUGAACUUCUGCUGCUGCCAGAUUACUACAUCGCUUCGGCCACUUACUUCGACAUACUGUUGAGCCACAUCGAGAAGGAUAUUUCCAACAGAUGUUGCCCAAACGAAAAUAUCGACAAAUCAGUUUUGCAGAAAUGGGUUUUGAAAGCUCUGGACACUUGGACCGCGGAAAAGAAGCCCUGCCAGGCUGUGACUGUGUUCACCGUCAAGCUUGUUGGACUCUUGGGUCGCGAUGAAUUCAACUUCCUCUUCUGGUAUCGGGAAGAUGUAUUCAAGAAACUGAACGCCGUUUUUGCUCUUAAGGAUGCGAACCUUCAGGCCUCCGUCAAAAUGGCCUACACGGGCAUGCUGCUCGAGUUUGUUAAUCACAAAAGCGGACGGCAGUGGAUCGUUGAGACUGAAACCUGGAGAGACGUGGUGAGGUUUUGCCAUUCUAAUCACACGCUGUACGUAACAAGAGAGAGUCAAAUUUUUGUUUGGAAAUUAUUGCUGGCCGAAUCUGAGAACGAGACAUUCUGUAAACAGGUGAUUUCCAUCGCUGUAGAGCCUUUGGUCAGGAACAAUUUCAGUUCUCAGGUUCACCCGUCGCUGGAAGAAAAUUAUCUCGAGCAAAAUUCAGAGCUUCUUACAACGCUAGCUCUGCUCACAGCAAUAAUGGAAAACACGUUAUUCGCCAGUAUGAAUAACACGAUACCUCGAAUCCUGGAGUCGAUAGGGAAUCUCGAAUGCAGGAUAAAAGGAUUAUUCGAAACCUGCAUAAGCACAAACUUUUAUGCACAUAUUAUGAAACUAUUGUACUUACUGUUGUUCAUGAGACUGAAAGAGGGAGUCAAUGAAACGGAAGGGACCGCCGACUCCGAAACGUGGAAAGUUUUCGGGACCAAUUUACGAUACAUAGACUCUAUGCUGGUUGCUAAGAAACUCAUUAUCGACAUGGCGAGAGGCGGAAAACUCGUUUUAACUUACUGGAAGAAGAUUAAUAAUUUAUGCGCUUUGAAAGAACCCAGUGAAUUCAAAAUGGAAAUUCACGCAGUGAUUCAAAUGAUCAUUCCACUGACCGUUUGUAUGCGGCUUCCCGACUUGGCCGAAGACGUAUUGGAAGUCUUUAUACACAAACUCUUUGCUCUAACGACUACUUACACCCAGAGGCUAAGCUAUAUGAGCCGCGACACUUUGAUACGAGGAGAUUUGCCGGCUGAGUUAAUCGCCAAAACGUCGAUUCAAAUAGCGCUGGACACCAUAGACAUCAUAGACAGGAACAGCGCCGUUAUCAUAUUUCAAUUGAUGUCGCACGUUUUGAAGCAGUACGUAAUUGCGACAAACGAAGAUGCGACGAGCAAAAUUGCAACUCCGCCUCAGGAGCAGAAAAAAGAGAAUCAAAGUUGCCGAGUACCAAGAUACAAGGGACUCCUUUAUGGCGAUCCGAUAGUGCAAUGUCCGCACCUCUUGAUCGCGCUGCUUGACGGUCUCACAAUAAUUCUACAGAAGUACAAACUCAAGUGGCAAGAAUGUUUGGAAACUAUUGGCAUUCUUUCGAUGGCUCAAACUAUCCUCAAUCAUCCAAACGCCAUACCUAAGGUGUGUAUCCAAGCACUUUCGCUUUGCAAACUAGCGAUUCAGAAUUUUAUGGCACCAAAUUUGGCGCUGCUGGUACAAUCGGACAGUCUGACGAACGAAAUGCAGCCCGUAUUGUACAAGAGGGUACACGAUCCAAACUGGGAAGUUAGAGACAGCGUUUUGGAAGUAAUUAACACAAUCGCGACGAUAUCGGAAGACAAAUAUCCAGCCUUUCAAGAUUUACUUCUUGGUAAUGAAUUCCCAGAACUAAUCGUCGACGUUGCGACAAAGGAUGGCGAGAGCUACGUUAGAGCAACGGCACUUACCUGUAUCGUAACAUUUGUCAGGAUAAACCGAAUAUGGGAUGAAAAAUUGCGUCAUCUUGAUCUGCCGCGAAUGGCCAUUGAUUUGAUAGCGAAUGAAAGCGAAGCAAUAGUGAGAAGAGAAGCGGUCAUGCUUGUCAAAGAGUUAUACGUUCAUAGAAAAUGGCCAAAAUCAACAAUCAAUGAAAUGGCGAAGGCUAUGUCUGUCGCGGCAGUCUUGGAUCUUCACUGGGAAGUCAAAGUAAACGCACUUCAGUUCUGGACUCAAUUUAUUAGGUCGCAUUUGAGCGACCAGGGAAUGCUCGACGGAACAUUUCCAACUCAUACAUUUUCCAAAGAACAUAAGAAAAUAGUUUCCCUUAACGAGUACGAAAUAAGAAGACGAAUUUUAAAGGCUCUCGACGAGUUGGCGCACCAAAAUUGUCUCGGGGUACUUUUAGCUACGCUGGCAGACGACAGUGAUUUUCAAGUCUGCAAAGCAUCUGGAGAAAUAGUAAAGAAGUUACAAGAAAUAUUCGUCAAAUACAAGAUAACUGCGUCUUGUAGUACAGAAGACGACGUCCCUCGGAAUGGUAACAAGAAAAAAAUUAAUUUCCAAGUGUUUCCGGAAGCUGAGAAUCAGACGCGUGUUAACACUCAAAGUGAAACCGGGGAGUUCGAUGGUCAGUCGGCGAUACCUAAAGAAAUAAUCGACUUGAUUGUAAAUGCCGACGACAUGAGUCUCCUGGGUUCUGUUUACAAACGUUCGAAUAUAAGCGUCAACGAAGAAUCAUCGGAAUGUGAGAAACUCCAGUACAUAUCCAAAGUUAGAACCGACGAAUUUCUUCACUCGGUUCUCAGCUUUGACGUCGAUGCUUAUAUAGAGGAAAAAAAUCGAUGGCUAAAAACUUAUACAAACAGUUUUAGCUCCGUCGUCGAAGAUAUCAUCGUCGCUCACGAGAGACACAAUGUCAACGAUAUGGAUUGUUAUUAGCGCUACAGUUAUGGAAGAAUAAGAUGUAAUCGAGAAAGAAUUUACUUUUUGUAUAUGGAUAUAUUAUUUUUCUCAAUUAAGUUUUCUACGUUUACAAGAUGCUACAGCUGAUGUAAUUGUGAUUAUUUUUACAUAUUUCGUAUCUGUGUUCCAGAAACUAAAUGGUUAGAAUGAUAUUAUCAUUUAUUAAGAAGAAAGAAAGGAAAAAAAAAUAAUUUUUACUACACGUAAUAACUCGUUCUAAAACAAUUUUCUAUCGUAAUCAUAAUUCUAGAAUGGAAAAAUGAAGGGAAGAAAUAUAAAAUUGAAACUAUUACUCAAUUUGUUUGUUUUUUUUCUUUUUUGUUAAAGCUUUGAAGCGAUCAAAUAUUAUCACAAAUCAAAAGAAAACAUAAUUUAUAGCUACGUUUAUCAUUUAUAUCUAGUUUAAACUUAAUCUUAUAUUUUAAUCAGUCUCUUGUGUUAUUUCUUGAUCUUAGAAAAGGUAAAAGAA